AUGGAGUUCGAACAAGAGAUACAACGUAGUAUAGGUUUCAGGAAUGAAGCAUUAGCUGAUAAACUUCGUAAUGUUGAUCUUAAACACUUACCUGACGAACUCUUAUGCAAGAUUGGCAUUGUUAUGGCUUUAUCAAAGAAAGAAGAGAAUAAUGAUGUUGCAAGAACUAUUCAAAAGAUGCUUGUUAACAAGCAUGACCAUUCUGGUCCUUUCCAACUCAUUAAAUGGCUUCUCAAACUUACACAAGGAUAUGAUCGUGAUAACUUAGCAGGCCAAUUGAUAGAUUGGUCUGAUCACCACUCUGAUGACAUUCUUUACUCUCGUGUUAUACUCUACGUUCACGAUAAUAAUGACCCAAUUGAGCAAAUUGGCGCAUAUGUCAGACAUCUCGAGAUUUUCUACGAUGAUACAUUAGCAUGGAUAGAAUUAGGACACCUUUACAUGAAGGAAAAGCUCUACGACCGUGCAGCUUUUGCUUACGAAGAAGCUAUCAGCUUUGUCGAUGAUGAUUCUUCAUUUUAUGUCUACGCAGCCGAAGCUCGCUCGAAUAUGGAUGGCGAUGAUAAUAAAAGUAUCGCUCGCAAGCAAUUAUCUAAAGCUAUUUUGCUUGAUGAAAAGAAUAUGAAAGCUGUCGAUAUGUUAAUUGAAUUAGGUGGUCCAAAUACAGAAAAAUUGAUACAAUAUAGAAAAUUGAUGAAUUCAAAAUAA